GUAUGGAAGGAAAAUAAGUGAUGCACCCAGGUGGGAACUUUGGAAACCACAUGCCCAAUGACAGGGGGCAGCCCAUGACGCAGACUCAGCCGGUUAACAACAUGUGGGACAGCUGGCCCCUAUAGCCAGAUUUUUGGAUUUUCCAAGAGAAACCAGGAAUUUGGAACUUUAUGUGAAUUUUCCCACCUCUUAUAUUAGCAAAAAAUUCAUCUUUUUUUUUUUUUCCAAAAUCACACCAUGGAAACCAAAAGAGGGGGAAAAAAAUGACUAUUUCAGUCCAGUGGGCUCUCUCUUUGCAAUGAGGGUCAAAGGGUAGAGAGGAAACUUGUGUAAUCAGGUAAUUAGGUGGCCCGGAUACAAUGCUGAUUCCAGUGCCAGGUGCAGUAUCUGGCAGGGAGCACAUAUGCCACACUUUUUUUAUUGAAUAAAUAAACUAGCUGGAUAAAUCUCUCUUGGUUCUUAGUCUUUUCAUAUAUAGAAUGGAGAUUAGAGUUGGCCUUCAAGGUUUCAGUUUUUUCCAGCAAUACCUUAAAAGAUAGGAUCAAGUCAAAACUCAUUGUGUUGGCCUCCUUGCAAGACUCACUUCUCCAGCCCUUUUCCUUCCUUCCCAUCCCUCUCCAAGCACCUGAAGUGCCAGUCUCACAUUAAAGUUCAAUGGUUUGAGAAGGUUGAAGGAAUAAAAAGAAACUUUGUACUGUUAUGUUUUAAAACAAGACCAAUUCAGAUCUUCUUAACAGAAUUAAGAAAGAGCUUUCAGAGUCACAGCUGAUGAAGAACCACUGGUAAAUCGAUCAGGAUUUUUCCCUGUCCUCCAACGAAAAGUUGGACUUUGUUUAUUCUGCAGACAUUGGCCACCCACAUCAGACCAGAUGUUGGGGAUAAAAAGUGUGAAGAAACCCAUAUCUUCCCCACCUAGUCAAUGAAGGCAAGCAGUUAUGACAUGUUUUAUAGAACUGCUGCUAAACUGUCAUGUGAAAGAUGAUGACUGGAAUUAUUGUUUUUGUCUCAGGCUUCAAAUUUUCACAUUUUUCUGAAAUAACAGUAAUAGUAACAUCAACCAACCAAAAGCUGUGUGUGUGUGUGUGUAUUGGGGAGGAGUGCUAAGUUUUGUGGGCCAAUGCUUAAUUUAGUAAACUAAAUCAGACCGAAAACAUUUAAACACCUUUGCUAGAGGAAUUCUGUAUAUUUGCCCUAAUCCCUGCCCUAGAAAAGACAACGGUAAUGAGAGACUAACGAUGAAUUAAAAGUGAAUCAGAUCUUUAAAUGCCAAGGUUUAGCCUUUAUUUUGGGGAUAAAUGAGUCACUUCUAGGAGCAAUGGACAGUUAGAUAGAGACAUUUUGGAUCUUGUCUCCAAAACAUAUCAACGGAUUAGAUUUCCUUGGUCUGUCUCAUCCCAAUUCCACCCUACACUGUUAUCACUGUCCCCUCUUUGCUGGGCAAGAAUAAGCUCCCCAGGUGGUUGGCGACUGGGCACACCUGUAGGGACAUCGGGCGCGCUCGGGGCUUCGGGCUGACACCUGGGCCUCAUUUCCACGCCUGCUCGUGGUUUCCAACACGCCGGGCGUCUGCUAGGCGGCAGCUCCCCAUUCAUGCUUUUGACAGCUGCGCGGCCGCCCUCCAGCAGCAAUCAAGUGCCCCUGCGUCCGCCCCUCCACCCCCAGCCAGGGUUCUGGGCGGGAGGGCACGAUGGCGACGACACUCGAUGGUGUCCCAGGGCUGGCCAGACGGCCGGCUCCUCCAUAGGUGGCGGCGUUUCCGACUUCGCACUGGCUCCACUCCGGGGGCUUGACGUGCAAACUUCGCCGGAGCGAGCAGAAAGGGAGGGACCGGCGAGGGGGAGGAGGCGGCGGGAGGCGCCUCCGCUUAAGGGAGCCGGCCGGGAUCUACGGCUCGGACGGACGCGCAGACGGAAGGAAGGAGCGGGGCCGCCGGGCCUGGCCUGGGGAUGCCAGCGACCGCAGGGAGCGGAAAGAAUGUCGGAGCGGGCCGCGGAUGACGUCAGGGGAGAGCCGCGCCGAGCCGCGGCGGCGGCAGGCGGAGCAGCAGCUGCGGCCGCCCGGCAGCAACAGCAACAGCCUCCGCAGUCCCAGCGGCAGCCGCCGCCGCCGCCGCCGCCACGGCGCCUGCGGCCGGAGGACUGCGGCCCCGGCGCCGCCUCCACCUCGGUCGCCGCCGCAAUGGCGACCGUCGGGGAGCGCAGGCCCCUGCCCAGUCCCGAAGCGAUGCUGGGACAGUCGUGGAAUCUGUGGGUCGAGACUUCCAAACUUCCUGGGAAGGACGGGACGGAAUUGGACGAAAGUUUGAAGGAGUUUGGGAAAAACCGCGAAGUCAUGGGUCUCUGUAGGGAAGACAUGCCAAUAUUUGGUCUCUGUCCAGCCCAUGAUGACUUCUACUUGGUGGUGUGUAACGACUGUAAUCAGGUUGUCAAACCGCAGGCAUUUCAAUCACAUUAUGAAAGAAGACAUAGCUCAUCCAGUAAGCCUUCAUUGGCCGUUCCUCCCACUUCAGUAUUUUCCUUCUUCCCUUCCCUGUCCAAAAGCAAAGGAGGCAGUGGAGGUGGAAGCAACCGUUCUUCCAGUGGAGGUGUUCUCAGUACACCCUCAUCAAGUUCCAAGUUGUUGAAAUCACCCAAAGAGAAACUGCCGCUCAGGGGGAACACCAGGCCAAUGCAUCCCAUUCAGCAGAGUAGAGUCCCCCAUGGUAGAAUCAUGACGCCCUCUGUCAAAGUGGAAAAGAUUCAUCCGAAGAUGGAUGGCACACUACUGAAAUCUGCGGUGGGGCCACCCUGUCCUGCUACUGUGAGUUCCUCAGUCAAGCCUGGCCUUAACUGCCCCUCAAUACCAAAGCCAACCUUGCCUUCGCCUGGACAGAUUCUGAAUGGCAAAGGGCUUCCUGCUCCACCUGCUCUGGAAAAGAAAUCUGAAGACAAUUCCAAUAAUAGGAAAUUUUUAAAUAAGAGAUUGUCAGAAAGAGAGUUUGAUGCUGACAUCCACUGUGGGGUUAUUGACCUCGACACCAAGAAACCCUGUACCCGGUCUUUGACAUGCAAGACACAUUCCUUAACCCAGAGGAGGGCUGUCCAGGGUAGAAGAAAACGAUUUGAUGUAUUAUUAGCCGAGCACAAAAACAAAACCAGGGAAAAGGAAUUGAUUCGCCAUCCGGAUUCUCAGCAACCAACACAGCCUCUCAGGGACCCACAUCCCGCCCCUCCUAGAACUUCACAGGAGCCACACCAAAGCUCUCAUGGAGCGAUUCCUUCUGAAUCAAGGCCUUUCGCAGCUAGUAAACUUAAACCUCACACCCCCAGUCUUCCGAGGCCUCCAGGCUGCCCUGCUCAGCAAGGUGGGAGUGCCCCCAUUGACCCUCCUCCAGUCCAUGAAUCUCCACACCCUCCCCUGCCUGCCACUGAGCCAGCUUCUCGGUUAUCCAGUGAGGAGGGCGAAGGCGAUGACAAAGAAGAGUCUGUUGAAAAACUGGACUGUCAUUAUUCAGGUCAUCAUCCUCAGCCAGCAUCUUUUUGCACAUUUGGGAGCCGGCAGAUUGGAAGAGGCUAUUACGUGUUUGACUCCAGGUGGAACCGGCUUCGCUGCGCCCUCAACCUCAUGGUGGAGAAGCAUCUGAACGCGCAGCUGUGGAGGAAAAUCCCACCAGUGCCCAGUACCACAUUGCCCGUCUCCACGCGUGUUCCUCAUCGGACAAAUUCCGUGCCAACAUCCCAGUGCGGGCUCAGCUAUCUUGCGGCAGCCACCGUCUCUACAGCCCCAGUCCUGCUCUCAUCCACCUGCAUCUCCCCAAAUAGCAAAUCGGUACCAGCUCAUGGAACCACACUGAAUGCACAGCCUGCCGCUUCUGGGGCGAUGGAUCCUGUGUGCAGUAUGCAAUCCAGACAAGUGUCCUCUUCAUCCUCGUCCCCUUCCACACCCUCCGGCCUUUCCUCGGUCCCCUCCUCCCCUGUGUCCAGGAAACCUCAGAAGUUGAAAUCCAGCAAGGCUUCAAGGCCCAAGGAGUCUUCUGGUAACAGCACUAACUGUCACAGCACCAGUAGCAGUAACAGUGGUGGCUCAGGAAAGAAACGCAAAAUUAGCUCCCCAUUGUUAGUCCACUCCUCGUCCUCCUCUGCCUCUUCCUGCUCUUCCUCUUCUUCUCAUUCCAUGGAGUCUUUUAGGAAAAACUGUGUUGCUCACUCUGGGCCAUCCUACCCCUCAACGGUAACAUCUUCCCACAGCAUCGGCCUCAACUGUGUGACAAAUAAAGCAAACUCGGUGAGCGUCCGGCACGACCAGUCAGGGAGGGGCCCCCCUAGCGGGAGCUCUGCUGAAUCCAUCAAGAGGAUGAGUGUGAUGGUGAACAGCAGUGAUUCCACUCUUUCUCUUGGCCCGUUCAUUCACCAGUCCAGCGAACUGACCGUCAACUCCCACGGCAGUUUUUCACACUCACACACUCCUCUAGACAAACUCAUAGGAAAGAAAAGAAAGUGCUCACCUGGCUCGAGCAGCGUCAACAGCAGCAGUAGCAAACCCACAAAGGUUGCCAAAUUGCCAGCCAUGAACAACGUCCACAUGAAACACACAGGCACCAUCCCAGGGGCACAAGGACUGAUGAACAAUUCCCUCCUUCAUCAGCCAAAGGCACGUCCCUGACAGCUGAAAAUAGCACGGGGAGGAAUAAUCUGGACACUUUUGACGUCGAGUUAACACCUCCACUGAGCACUCUGGACUCCACGAUGCCUUUGAGUCUGUUUUCCCAACCUCCUGUGGGCCUCAAGGGUAGAAAUCUGCCGGUCUGUUGUUGUAAGGAGGAUUUCCCUGAAGCUAUGUCUGUAGCAGUAAGUACUCCUAAAGGACACUGGAUCAAGUUCAGCCACCGAAUUGCUUUUAUCAGUGUUAAAGUGGUCUGGACUGCUUGCUACCGAUCUGUGAGAAGUUUUUGUUUUCGUUUUAACUUGCAAUAUAUCAUGGAGCCACUCUGUGUGUGAAUUGGCUGGGCAAAAGAAUGUUUUGGCAAGAGCAUUGCUGUAGACUUGUCUCCCCUCCCCCCUUUUCUUUUGUUUUCUGUCUUCUGCAGGUCACUCUCCAGCAGUUAGGCCCCCUAAGUGGAGACCAUUCCAGGGGAGAGACAAAGAGCUGCACCCUGAGCAGCCCUCUGGAGAAUUUAGCUUUAGACUUUUACAGUGUGGACAUUAGCACAAGCCACCAUGACAAAACAGCCUGCCUUUUUGCCCAGCUUUUGGCAAGUAAUUUGGGAUAAAACGCCGUCAGAAGUUUCUAACUUACAAACUGGUUAAGACAUUGAUGCCCAGAGAACAAGUAUAAUCCAUUUUAGAGGCUUUCUUUUCAUGGUACAAAAGCAGUUCUUUUUUAAUAUGAUUUUUUUAAAAAACAAAUGAUGUAAAUGCAAACUAGUUUUGAUAAAAGGAAAGCCAAAAUGAGGGUGGGUGUGUGUGAAAUCACUAUAGAGGAAAAAAAUCUUUUUCCGGGAUGUCCAAAGAGAUGGAAUUUUCUUAUCCUUUAAGUCUUUCAUGUGAAACAGUAUGUCAGAUUGGGUUGGUUGUCAUACCCAGUCUCCUAUUUUCAAAAUCAUUGCCUUUUUAAAGUGAAAUUAUUAGGAUGCAGCAGAAACUGCCAAUGACAAAGUCAUUAAUAUCCGUGGAUGUUUCCAAGGCACUCUGUGCAUUACCCUCAGUCUCCUCUUUGGAUGCUGCCCUGGGGACUUGUGUGUAGCUUCUGCUUGAAGUAAUCCCUGCGUCGUGCGUGUCUGUCUGCACUCCUGUUCAUGCCACUACAGAUGUUUCUUUGGAUGCGUUUGGAAUGAGGAAGCAGGGACCGAAGGAGGGAAGAUGGAGAACGUGUACCUGUACCCACGUAGAGAUUUUGUGUGAUGCAUAUGUAGUAUUUCCCUGACAUGCCCUCCUUUCUGGGGAUGAACACCAGCCAUCUUCCUGAGAGAGUUUUGGAGCCCUGCAGGAUUUUUUUCUAGUACCCCACUUCAAAAGAAAGAGCUUAAUAUGGUAAAAUAUUAUUGCUUGAGAAGGUGACAUUUAAUUUGGGGGCUGAGCUGAGGUUUUUCAGCUGGUGAUACCACCAUCACUUCCCCUGAACAAAAACCAGAGUUGCCAAACACAGGGUAAAGUUUCCAAAGCUCUGACCAUUGCCCAGGCCAGGGCCCAGAGCCAAUCAGUGCAUCCUUUUGUCUCUACAAUUCUGGGAAUUUCAAGUCAACAGCAGGUAGAAUGAGUACUUGGUUACAGCCUAAUAAUGUGAAUUUCUACAGAAUUAUUAGUAGUAGUAUGUAAGAAAAUAAAAACUUUAUGCAGAUACUUAGCUAUAAAUUGAUGUAAGAGACUGAAUUUUUUUAAAAGGGGGGAGCAGUAUCUUUGUUCAGUUAUUAUGCAAUCAAUCAGUAAAUAUUUUAAAAAAAUGAUACUGUAGGAGAGAUUAGGAAGGAGAAAGUAAGGAUGGGCCAGUUGGGUGUCGUUAGGAGAAAUCAGUCUGGUUGUUCCAUCCCAGUGAGAGAGAGGAGUUAAAAGAGGAAUCAUAACGUACCUAAGUGAUUCCUUGGUGACAAGUGCAAUGGGGUAUGGGUAGAAUUUAUUUGUAAAGCCAGAGGGCCUUGAUGGUUAUAAAUUAAGUUGCUUUUAGCAAUGGAAUUCAUAGACAGAUCAUGUUGUUCCAGAAGAUGUGAAUAGGAUCCACAAUAGCAAGUUGAUUCAGAAUAAUGUAGAUACUUAGAUUAGUGAGUGUUGAUCAUUUGAUUUCAUAGACUGAGCUUUUAAUUGAAUUUCAUUAUGUCUCCCGGUAGUACCCAGAGCAUCGGGAUUAGGAAAUUAGCCAUUUUGGAUUCCACCUGCCACAAAACAGACCUAUUCUAAACAGUGCUAUUAAAUUUUAGACUGUUGUUAAAAUAUUUUAUUUUCUCCUACAACUUUUUAUUACGAUGAAUAAUUAAGACCAUUUAAAACACGGGAGUACAAGUAUUUUUUUGAAUUAAAUUAACUCGCAAAAACCAAAUUUGCAGUGGUUGGGUUGUUUCUAAGACAGACUUUGGUAUCAAUUUAAAACCAAGAUAAUUUUUAUAUUCUUUCCAAUGGAAUUUCAUGACAACCCUUACAGUUUUCUUAACCUAAAAUAUAAAAAAUUAAAAAAAAAAUGUGCUGCAAUGAUGAACAAAGAAUUAUACAAAACCUACUUUUGUAUCUUUAUUUUGGAAUUUCUUGUUCUAUUAUAAAUAUGGAAGUAACCCUAUUUCAGAAGACAUAUUUUGUUAAAAACGAAUUGUACAUAUUUAAAUAUGUAUUUUUGCACAGGUCUUUUUUUCUGAUAUCCUGUUUUGGUACAAUUGAGAUCAUCUAGUAUUUAUUUAUUAAUUAAUAAAAGUAAAUACCUUUUUAUAAUUUGAAGUGGUUCACUGCCAAGCCAAUAGUUCUAGCACCUGCCUCCUUUACAGUUGAAGGGAUGCCUCUGUUCUGUGAAAGUUUCUUUGUCCCUUUUAAUGUCUCGGGAGUGGGUUCACCCAGUUGAAGUGGGCAUUGCUUCUCCCUCCUUGCCUGAUCUCCCGAUAGAGUACAAGUGACUAAGUGACACACUGCUUUUGUUUUGUUAGUGUUUUUUGUGUGAGUGCGUGUGUGUGGGCUCUGGUCUCUGUUUAUGCGUGUAUGCCCUGAGUGCAUGUGUGUUGGCAUGUAUUGUGGUUUAAAAGUAGUGGGAAAAACUGAAAGUGCCUGAUACCUAGUUUUAAGCUUAGACAGAUUCUCUUUAAAAAGACUUGAAUGUUCAGUUGAACUUUUGGAGUUUUGCUUUUUCCACCUAAAUAUUGUUUCUUAAAUUUUAGAAGAGGAGUUAUAAACCACCAGUGCUGGUAAUUUUUUAUAAGGUGUUUUAAAAAUUAAGACCUUUUGGUUCACAGUAAUUCAGUGGCGAUGGGUUGCCCCAUGGCACCAAGGGUUAUAAAUCUUUUUGUCAGUCAGCAAUGUACACAAUGUGUCUGUUUUGUUACUCACUCAUGAAAUACAGAGUUUAAAAAUAGAAUAUUUAAAUAUUUUGUAUUCCAAAAAUAUAAUACAAAAAAGUACCUCGGAGAACAUUGAAAUAAAAUGUUUAAUUUGAAAAAUGUAACUUAUAAAGGCAGCUGUCUUCCUGAAAGAGUUCUGUUGCCAAGGAAUUUCUUAAUGUCUCUCAUUCUGUCCUGGGAGGGG